AUGGCCCCAACCAAGAAAGGAGAGAAAAAGAAGGGGCGUUCAGCCAUUAACGAGGUGGUGACCAGAGAGUACACCAUCAACAUCCACAAGCGCAUUCAUGGAGUAUGUCCAUCACUGUUAAAUAUUCCUGAUUUUAAUGUGACUGAAAUGUCUCAUGUAGGGGUUUCAAGAAGAGGGCUCCCCGUGCCAUCAGAGAUCCGCAAGUUUGCCAUGAAGGAGAUGGGAACUCCCGAUGUCCGCAUCGACACUCGCCUCAACAAAGCAGUGUGGAGCAAGGGGAUCAGGAACGUGCCGUACAGGAUGCGUGUACGGCUUUCCAGGAAGCGUAACGAGGAUGAGGACUCUCCCAACAAACUCUACACCCUGGUCACAUACGUUCCUGUCACCACGUGCAAAGGUCUGCAGACUGUCAAUGUUGAUGAAAAUUAAAUGUGGAAUAAAUGAAAACUAAAAAAA